AUGUCUCAUAGCCACCUGGAGAAGCAACCCAUAUCGGCGCCCGAUGCCAUAGACCGACCGUCAUCAACGCUCGCCGAUCGCUAUAGUGAGGAGGUCGGGAAUAAGUUCGAUGCUGCCCAUGAUGGCCAAUCUAUACAUUCUACCCAUACCCAAUCCACCACGACACAUUCCCAAGACGUGGAAAUCCAGACAGAUGUGCUACACCGGACGGUUACGCCGAAACUACCCACAGUCAGAGUACCGAGAUCGCGACGACGAGGCCUGUUUGCUCGCUUCACGUUGGUUGCCGAAGUUACGAAUCCAUACGACUAUCCCAACAAUUUGAAGUGGUUCAUUACUUUUAUCGUGGCUAUCGCGGGCGCUGCUGCUCCAGUGGGUAGCGCUAUCAUCCUGCCAACUCUCGACCAGGUAACCUCAUCGCUCCACACGACUCCCACUACAACCAACUUGGCUGUGGCUUUGUAUAUGCUCAGCAUGGCGAUAUUUCCGCUAUGGUGGUCUGCAUUUUCCGAAACAUCGGGCCGGCGGACUAUUUAUCUGACAUCGUUUGCUUUAUUCAUUCUGUUUUCCAUUCUGAGCGCCAUUGCAAAGUCCAUCUCGAUGCUUAUUGUUGUACGAAUGCUUGCUGGAGGUGCUGCCGCAUCGGUUCAAGCUGUCGGAGCUGGUACCAUUGCCGACAUUUGGCUAAGUGAGGAACGGGGUCGAGCCAUGGGCUACUUUUACCUUGGACCAUUAUGUGGUCCGUUCCUUGCACCAAUACUGGGUGGUAUUAUCGGACAGCAUUGGAACUGGCGGGCGACUCAAUGGGCCCUGGCGAUUUACGGAGUGUUGACGUGGAUAUUCGUCUUUUUCGCUUUACCAGAAACCCUUCAAAAGACCAAGAGUGUGAUCGGGACAGAAGAACUCGGGGGGAACUCAUCGGUGCAAGGUGGCUCUCGGCCUCCGUUGAGCCGGACCUCGACUCGAGAGAUCGCACAACAAAAGUCGAAGACAUAUUUGAAAGCCGCCCGAGUGAUGUUCAUAGAUCCACUGAAGGUCAUUGCUUAUCUCAGAUUCAUGCCUGUGCUGUUGACGGUAUAUUAUUCCGCUGUAACAUUUGGCUCACUGUAUGUCCUUAACAUCAGCAUUCAAUACACGUUCGAGCGAGAGCCAUAUGGAUAUCAAACCAUCAUCAUUGGCCUCUUGUACAUACCAAAUUCGCUUGGGUAUCUUCUUGCGAGCUUACUUGGCGGUCGGUGGAUGGACAACAUCAUGAAGCGAGAAGCAUUGAAGGCGAAUCGCAUAGAUGAACGAGGUAAAUUGAUCUACCAUCCUGAAGACCGCAUGCGAGAGAACGCGUGGCUGGGUGCCUGUUUGUACCCAGCAGCGUUCAUCUGGUAUGGUUGGACAGUUGAGAAAGGGGUUUUCUGGAUCGUUCCUAUGAUUGCGAAUUUCUUCUAUGGAGUCGGCUCUAUGCUGAUAUUUGCUAUGGCGACAACAAUGCUUACUGAGUUUAUGCCUGGGCGGUCUUCGUCAGGCGUCGCUCUGAACAAUCUCUGUCGAAACAUACUAUCGUGCAUUGGAGGCAUUGUCGGUGCUCCGCUUAUUGCGGCGAUUGGAAAUGGCUGGCUCUUUACUAUUCUUGGGCUCUGGACUUUGUCCAGUGCUUCGGUCAUUUGGGCAAUGAAGCGUUUCGGGCCGCGGUGGCGAGAAAAGAUGGACCGAGAACUUAAUGAGUCCCAAUAG